GGCUCAGCUGAACCCAUGACUCCAUGACUCUACCAGCGCUUCGACUCCCUCAUUCCAUGCUCCGGCGCUUGCUCUACCUGGCGCUGCCUGCGCUCAUCGCAGGCAGUGCUGGCACAGAGGAUGCUUGCACCGACGACGCAUGUGAGGACGGUAGUGUGCGGCUCAUCCAGCGGCAGGCUGCCAAGCUUUCGGCUGAGAUGAACAUCUCGCGUGCCGAGCUCGAAGGAGACCGGUCACGGCAGCGGUGGCAGGGUAACCGUGAGACAGGUUCCACGUGUUUGAUCUACCACUGCAAGAAGGACUUGGGGCCCACUGAGUGUCACCACUACAGGUGCAUUUGCCAGCAUGGCUAUCAGUACAGCGAGCUCACCAAGCGGUGCGAGUCGGAGACCUCCUCCCCCGUGCAGCGCGAUACUGGCGGCUCCUGCUGGUUUUGGCCAUGCAGUCGAUGGCGAGGGCCCACUCAGUGUCUCCACCACAAGUGCUGGUGCAUGGAAGGCUUUAAAGCGGUGCGGGGCUACUGCGAGAAGGACGACACUCCUCAGCCAGAGACCUCCACCACGCAGCCAGGUGAUGGCUUGGAAGUGGCCUCUGGUGCCCCUCCGGCCAUGCAAACCUCCUGCGCUUGGGGCGAAGAGCAGUGCGGCGGGCCGGGCUGGUCCGGCGCCACCUGUUGCGAGGCCGGCUACUACUGCGACGGCUCCAUUUGCGCCAAGGUCACUGAGAAGCUGGAGGUGAAGAAGUAUGGCUUCAGCGAUGCCCUCCGGAAGAAGAGCGAAGGUCAGCUGUUCACCUUCUACGUCUAUCGGGCCCAAGGGAAGACCACCUACCCGCCCGAGAACGUGAACGUGGCCGACUUGGGCGGAGUGAUGUGGUACCUCCACAAUGAGAUCGUCGGCCGUUCCGACUGGGGCUACAAGCGCAAGUUCGACAUCACUCGGAUCCUCCGCUACAAGGUGCAGACGCGCGCCACGCAGCCCUUGCUCGAUCGGGGCAUGAACUUCGGCGUGCGCUUCGCCUUUGACUCAGGACAAUGCACAGGACCCUUCUCUUGCGACGAAGCCUGGCAGAACUAUGGCUACUUCGUCGGCUGCAACAAGCUGCAGACCGGCUUCCCCUUCCCCGAUUUCAAGGUCGCCUAUGAUGGCGUUUGGUAUAGCUUGCCGGGGAAGUGCCCACAGAUGAAGUUCUUCGAAAAGACCAACAAGAGUAGCCUGAGUCGUGGACUGGAUUGCAUUGAAGAUCAGCCUGGAGGUUUUUGCGAUGAACCCUCUGGCACGGCUGAUUGCACUUACAAUUUUGAAGAUGCGGGCGAAAUCUCGCUGGAUGAGUUGGAAGGGAUUCAGGGCGAUUACGACCACUGGAUCAAGUCUGGCAACCGAGAAUACGACAGGAUCACGGACCACGGCACUGGGAUGAGCUUCUGGGACAAGUUGGACGACCCCGAGCGCUCCAAGCAGCGCGUCCAGGCUGCCAAGGAUCUCUUCGAGAAGCACUAUCCCGGCUCCUAUGCCGGUAUUGAUGAACCGCCCUGUGACUUUGACUUCUUUGCUUUCUACAAGAUGGCUCCUGGAGGGUUCAAGGACAAUGGGCCUCAGCAGGCCAAGAAGAUCAAGGAGCCUCCCUGUGGCACUGCCCAACCUGGGGACAAGUGCUACGAGGAGAUCUCUUGGGCGAAGUCCGAUGGGAUCUACGCCAACCCGGAGUGGUAUCCAGGGCUGACGCCUCAGUCCAGCAUCGAGGAUUUUCAGAAAGUCAUGCACGGUAGCGGCGGCACCGCCUGUCCGAUGCCUUGUGGAUUGCUGAGCUGAGGCGCAAAAGGCCGGUUCCGCGCGCCUGCGUUGGAUGAAUCUUCGGGAGUCUUCAGAUGAGCUCGGCUUGCCAGAAGUGUAAGCUUGGUUCAUGAAGCGCUGCGCUGAGCGGCUGCUGCGCGGCUUUCACGCGGAGAUCGCGCCGCGCGCACGCGGAGAUCAGUGAAGCUUCAGAGAUGCCAAGAUGGUGA